GUUCGCUUUUUUCCUGAUAAAUCUAAUUCAAAUAAUUUAGUCAAGACACGAAGCACAUUAAUUUUACCUUCUCAUAGAUUAAAUCCGAAUUAAUAAAUUAGGAAGCAUCAAUGAAAAAACCUUUAUUGUCUCGUUGUGGUAGUAUGGGUAUGCGAACUUAAUCGCCAUACUCUGAUACCUUAACAAAAUUAUAAGAAAUAGAAAAUGAUAUUCAAUAUACUGAAGUAGAGACUAUUAGUAUAGAUAAAUAAUAGAAAUGGAGAAAAGCUUUAGUUGAUCAAUGUGAAUUAAUGGAAGAGUAAUUAGGAAAGAAGGAGAGGGAUUUUCAUAAAUAUGCAUCUAAUAAGUACCUCAUACUGAAAUGA